AUGACCCACCAGGAAACUCAGAUGUUUGAAGACCAACUGGCGCUUAUACACUGCCUCCCUCAAUUAAACAACCUUCGUGUGGCCGGAAAGCUCACCGAUUUGACCAUAGAGUUGGUGAAAAGUGACCAGUUGAAGAACGUCUGCCUACAACAUAUCAAGGCCACCUUUGAGGCAACAGGUGCCAGUUAUUUUUUCAUCCGUCUACCUCCUGACGCUGUACUGUCCCUGCUGCGCGCAGAUGAUCUUCAGGUAGAUAGCGAAGAGAGUCUCUUCAAGACAAUUGAACGAUGGGUUAGUCCACUCGGGGAAGUGGAUGAAACACGAGUGGCGCACGCGGCAUCUAUGAUGAAGGAAAUGCGGUGGUAUCAAGUUGCCGCCAACUUCCGAAAUCAGCUAGAUGAUGAGGAUGGCUUUUGGAAUACAAAUGUGGAAUGUUUGUAA